UCCAAGAAAAAUGAAGUUGAGCAAUUAUCUCCUCGCUACCAGUGCAUACCUGGAGUAUUUAAUUCCGCUUGCAGAAGCGACGAAUGUUUCGACAUCUUGUAACAGUGCUGCUCAAGACGCCACAGCAUUCGCAAUUCAGUAUGCAUAUCCCAUUUCUCAAUGGCAACAAGCUGUGACGAACAUUCUCGAUGCCGUCGACACACCGAAUACUCUAUGGCCAUACCAUUCGCUUUCCGGCCCUCUAAAUCGCACUAUAGUUGGGCCAAAUGCAGACACGUUAUAUAUCUGGGCCGCUAUCGACUUGUCGCAUGAGGACCUUGUCUUGACCAUUCCCAAUAUCAGUGAUGGAAGGAACUGGAUAUGGCCUUUCUACGACAUCUAUGGCAAUAACUUUGCUGGAAUGUCAAUUAACACAAACUCUCCCCCGGGAGACUAUUUGAUCAGACGUGCAGACGAUGCUCUUGUCCAGCCCGGAAUCAGAUACACUGCUCCGGCUGAACUAUCAGCCUACAAAGGCAUAAUCUCUUAUGCCACGACCUAUGGUAUUUUGCUCGGUCGUAUUCUUGUACGUCAAAACACUACGAGCGACAUUGCGGUCAUACGCAAUUAUCAGGACCACAUUUUCCUCAGGACAGUUCCUCGUACACUAUCUCAGCCGUUUGCAGCACAAGCACCUAGACUGUCACGUGAGCUCAUUGACACUUCUAACGCACCGAACAGAGUCACAGGCUAUCUAGACCUGCUGGCCAAGAUUGGACACUCCAACCAACCAGAUCUAUAUGCCGAUCGGUAUCGAGUAGCAUCUAAAAUUGGUCUUGCUGGUAUUGCAGAUGGAGUCUAUACCCCACCUCCUGGGAUCAAUUUAACCGCUGCCAUCAUUGCAGCAAAUGCAAGCAUCUCCGCGGCUUAUUCUCAAAACCUGGUUGAUGUUGGCAACAACUGGGUAAUUCCCAAAGUGAAAUGUCAAGGCAUCUUCGGCAUUGAAUACGGUUGUCGUGCAUAUCGCGCACUCCAUGGUUAUCUUGGCCUGGUACAAUCCGAGAACCUCUUUAUCACGAAUAAAUCAGACAAUCUGACUUUGGGUGCGACAUCGGCAUUUCUUUUUACCUUCUUUGGCAAGCCCCCAAUCAAAUCGACCGGGUUUUGGAGUUUGACUGUGUAUGGCGCGGACCAAUAUCUGGUACCCAACGAGCUAGGAAGGUAUGUCAUUGGAGACCGCAGCACACAGUUGAAAUUUGAGAACGGAGGUUUGGUGUAUGGAAAUGGUUCCAGCGCUGGUCUUGGAACAGCGGAUGGCAGAUUUCAGGUCCUACUGCAGCCUGCUGAUAUUCCCCCACCUGAUAAUUGGACCAGCAACUGGCUUCCGGCCCCGGCGGGUGGUGGUAAGCUUCUGUACUCGAUUCGGUUCUACUCACCAGCUGAGGCAUUCACUAAUGGCGAGUACAUAUUUCCAACUGUUGAGACUAUUGAGGCUAUCAGGCCUUAG